CACACAUAUAUAUUUAUGUAUAUAUACAGACAUUGUACUCCUUCUCAAAGAAAAAAGAAAAGAAAUAUAUUGUUGUCCUCAACAGAAGAAAGUUCAUAAUAACAUAGGUCGCAAGAUGGGUAUGUGUUCUUUUGGAGCUUUUCUUGCUGGAACAAUUCUCGUUUUUUUAGCUUCACAUUGUUAUUCAGAGAAAGAUCCCUCAUUUUUGAAAGAAGCAACAUCAAGCCCAGAAGUAGUACACUACGACUACAUAAUCAUUGGAGGAGGGACAGCCAGCUGUCCACUAGCAGCGACUCUCUCACAAAACGCCACCGUUUUAGUCCUUGAGAGAGGCGGCUCACCCUACGGCAACCCCUCCAUAACCAACCUAGGCAACUUCUUGACCAAUCUUUUGGAUAUCUCCCCCAACUCACCAGCACAACUGUUCCUCUCCGAGGACGGAGUGUUCAGCCAUCGCGCCCGCAUCCUUGGCGGAGGCUCGGCUUUAAACGCCGGCUUUUACAGCCGCGGCAGCGCCGCUUUUGUGGAAAAAGCGGGUUGGAAUAAGACGUUGGUGGAAGAAUCGUAUGAGUGGGUGGAAAAGAAGGUGGCGUUUGAGCCGGUGGUGGGGCCGUGGCAGUCGGCGGUGAGAGAUGGCUUAUUUGAAGCUGGAGUGUUCCCAAAUAAUGGAUUUACGUAUGAGCAUUUGUAUGGGACUAAGAUUGGUGGAACCAUUUUCGAUGAACAAGGACAUAGACAUACUGCUGCGGAUUUGCUUCAAUAUGCUGAUCCAUCCAACAUUGUUGUUUAUUUGCACGCAACUGUCCAGAAAAUUCUCUUCAGAUAUAAACCAGGAGCAUCAAGGCCUGAGGCAUAUGGGGUAAUUUAUAAAGAUUCAAAUGGAAUUUUACACAGGGCCUACUUAAUCAAUAACUCCAAAAAUGAAAUUAUAGUGUCAGCUGGAGCUCUAGGAAGCCCCCAGUUAUUAAUGUUGAGUGGAAUUGGGCCAGCCCACCAUCUAAAGGCCCACGGUAUCAAUGUCGUAAUGGAUCAACCCAUGGUUGGGCAAGGGAUGGCUGAUAAUUCAAUGAAUAUUCUCUUUAUACCUUCGCCUAUGCCGGUUGAGGUCUCACUGAUCGAAGCUGUGGGUAUCACAAGGUUUCAUAGCUUCAUAGAAGCAGCCAGUGGAUUGAGCAUUUCUCUUCCUUUAGUUCAAGAACUUCAUAAGUAUUUUGAGCCUAUUCUAUAUCAGAUCACUAACCAUACCUUCACCUCCACAAGGCCUGGUGAAAGAAUUGAUUUAGUUCCCAAUAACAUAACAUUUAAAGGUGGAAUCAUUCUUCAAAAGGUGGAUGGUCCAGUCUCCACAGGACAUCUAGAGCUGAAGAACACCAACAUUGAUAAGAACCCAUCAGUGACUUUUAACUACUACAAAGAACAGGAGGACUUAAACCGAUGUGUUGGAGGUAUGGAGACCAUUAUUGGUGUCAUCAAUUCUAAAGCAUUUUCCAGGUUUCAGUAUCCAAACAUACCAGUUCAAUUAUAUCUGAACUUAAUAGAGAAAGUUCCUUUAAAUUUGAGGCCCAAACACGUUGGUCCUUCUAUUUCCCUAGAACAAUUUUGCAGAGACACAGUGAUGAGCAUAUGGCAUUACCAUGGAGGUUGCCAAGUUGGCAAAGUUGUUGACAAUGAAUAUAAGGUUCUUGGUGUUGAUGCUUUGAGGGUUAUUGAUGGUUCAACUUUUAUGGCCUCUCCUGGAACUAAUCCCCAAGCUACUGUUAUGAUGUUGGGAAGGUACAUGGGAAGUAGGAUUCUGCAUGCUAGGGCUUCCGGGAAUAAAUGAUUUCUAGCUAGCAUGAAUGAAUCCUUAGUAUGAUCUAUUCUCGAUUAAUAUUUAUUCAUAAUAUAACAAUUUUACCAAAAUUAAGUUAUGGACCCUACUACAAUUAUUUGUUUGCAACAAUAAAAUUUUAUGAGUAGAUCAUGCUAAAAUUUAGAAGUGAUGAUGACAUACAAUUUUGAAUCGGUGAUGAUUACUGUUGGAAUGGGUUGUAUAAAUACAACUUUUUAUAUUAAUUAGGGAAAGCACUGUGUUUCAAAUUUUUGUAAUCUUAUAUUAUACUUAUAACGAGUGAUAUAAUCUAAAA